CCUAUAGGUGCUAAUGCUCAUCGGCCUUCUAUAACUAUUAUAAACGGAACCAAGAGGAAGGAAUGUACUUAGUUUAUGUCUCUGCGAAAGGGGAGGCCGUUAAAACACCCCCAGAGAUAGAGACCAUCGUCACUAAGCACCCCGAUCUGUUCGAGGAGCCUACAAGAGUCGUAGACAAGGAGGUUGUCCAUGCCAUAGAGAUCAUCCCAGGUAGCAAGACGCCUAAGGGAAGAAUGUAUAGGAUGGCUCCGACCGAGUUGGACGAGCUUCGACGACAACUGAAAGAGCUCACAAAGAAGGGGUGGAUUCGGCUUAGCACCUCCCCCUUUGGCUCACCAACAUUAUUUGUUCCAAAUAAAGGGGGAACACUAAGGAUGUGCAUUGAUUAUAGAGGCCUCAAUGCCAUCACCGUUAAGAACGCAGAGCCUCUACCCCGCAUCGACGACCUAUUGGAUAGGGUGCAGGGAUAUAAGUACUAUACAAAGAUAGACUUAAAAUCCGUCUACCAUCAGAUUGCCAUAAGACCAGAGGACCAGCACAAAACCGCAUUUCAGACCAUGUACGGUCUGUACGAGUUUGUGGUGAUGCCUUUUGGCCUUUGCAAUGCGCCGCGUACAUUCCAGCACUCCAUGAUUAGGAUCUUCCUUGACUACUUAUAUAAGUUCGUUGUCGUAUACCUCGACGACAUACUUAUCUUUAGUAAGACUCUCGAGGAGCAUGCUCAGCAUGUAGACAAGGUACUUUCACUUCUUCGGCAGCACAAGUAUAAGAUAAACCUAGAGAAAUGCGAGUUCAAUCGUACUCGAAUCUUGUACUUGGGUCAUGAAGUAUACGCGGAUGGGAUUAGGCCCGAAGAUGUAAAGGUGGCUAGCAUACAUUACCUAGGUGCGCGGAUUUCUGAGUUUGGCUUGUCUGAGGACGUUACUCGAUCUUUGGGGGAAGCCUACAAGGAAGAUCCCAUUACGAUGGACAUCAUCAACAAACUGCAGGCCAAAGAUAAGGCCACCAUUGACGAGUUUGUGAUGGUGGAUGGGUUACUCUCUCUUGAGAAGGCAGGAUUUAAGAGGUUAGUUGUUCCAUCUAAGGAGAUUUUGCGUAGUUUAUUUUUAGGUGAGUGCCACGACGCAACGGGACAUUUCGGCUACAAGAAGACUAGUGCUAACUUAGUACAACGAUUUUGGUGGCCUAACAUGCUGGACGAUGCAAAGUACGUACAGGCCUGUCAGGUCUGUCAGCGGGAUAAGCCGCGGACUCAAGCUCCGCUUGGGCUAUUGAAGCCUCUACCCAUUCCUGCUGGCCCAGGGCAGAGUAUCUCCAUGGACUUCAUGGAUACUCUCGUGACCAGCAAGAAUGGCAAGAGGCACAUCUUCGUCAUAGUUGAUAGGUUCACUAAGUAUGCUAGACUAAUUGCCAUGCCGGAGACUGCCAGGACUGAACAUGUCGUCAAGUUAUUCAUGGAUAACUGGCAGACUGUCAAACACGUCAAGAAAUCUCAGGAAGCCAUGAUUGCUUCUGAGAACAAGCCUCGCCGACAGUCCACAUUUCAGGUAGGGGAACGUGUGUGGGUCGAGGCUAGUGAGUUGGGACAGGAGUUUGGCAUCUCUAGGAAACUAAUGCCCCCGUAUUUUGGUCCCUGGGAAGUCUUAGACAUUCUGGGGAAUGAUUUGGAUGGUCCCUCGUACGUCAUUUGUAUCCCUGGUCACCUACGCACGUACCCUGUUUUUCACGCCUCCAAGCUUGCACCUUUCGCUGAGACAGCACAGUUCCCAUCACGGAGAUCUAUGCUGCCCCCAACCAUGGAUGGCCACGUGGACAUCGACAACAUCCUGGAUCACAGAGACACGCCUGUUCCCAAGCCACCUGGCAGGGGAAGACCUCCUAAACCUGCAAGGGAGUACAUAGUACAUUUCAGGCAUCAUACUGAUCCGAAGGAUGAUCGAUGGAUUUCAAGGGAGGAACUUGUCAAGACAGCUCCUCAGAUCGUGGCAGAUUAUGAGAAGAAGCUAAAGGGGAAGGCACCGGCAUGAAGCAUCUCAACAGACUUUCGAAGCUAAGGGGGAUGGAAUGUGAGGAACGAGCCCUCAAGGGGCCCUGUCUGACAUCACAUGUU